AUGAGAUUACUUGCAUUGCUUUAAAUAUUAGCUUUCUUAGUUAAUAUAACCUUCGAGAUUGAUAUUGAAGUUUCCUUUAAAACACCUUACUGCAUCAAAGAUCCUCUUUAUUACGCUUUAGAAGCAUAAUUCUUUUUAAGUAAAGAGAAAUUUUGGAAUGAUAUAAAGAAUUUUCAGGGUAAAGAAGAAUAUUUAAAUAAACAUUCAAAUCCUAAUUACUAUUUUAAUCCCGAUGAUCAAACUAAGUUAGAGUAUUAUAACUAACUCGAAAAAAGUUAAUCAUAGCUAUAUAGUACACAAGCAUGCUCUUUGUGGAUCAAAACAUAUGAAUAGCACAAUUAAUCAUUAAAUGGAGAACUUUAUACCUGGUAUCAUGAGACAAAAGUAUAUUGUGGAUUGGAUUCAUAUAUUAAUGGUAACCAUUUUAAGGGGAACUUCGUUAACGGAUUUCAUUAAGAAUCAAUGGACUUUGGAAAGGAUAAAAUACUUUAUAAUAACCUAAAUGAUCCUGAGAUACUAAUUCUAUACAUAGACUUGAAGCAAGUGGACGUCAUUGAAAUUUUUAAUAAGUUAUCGCACAAAAAUAUAGUUCUUAGGUAUAAAUUCACAGAGUGUUUAAAUAUUAAUGAGCAUCAUACUGACUAACCUCAUUACAACACGGUUAAUACUGAAAGUUUUCAAGCAUUAGGAAUAGAUAUUUAGAUUCACAAGUUCCCAGACACAUAACAGGAUUUAAUUGCUCAUGCAUAAAGAUAUAAGAAAAGUAUGUAUAAAUAUAGACUGCCUGAGAUUUUCGAUCCUUAUCAAUCAUUUGUACUUAAUUAAACUAGAGCUGCUUCAGAUUUAUAUUAAUUAGCUCAAAUAUUAGAAAAUCACCCAAGCUUCAAGAUAGAAAAAGAUUAUUCCUAUCCUGAGGAGUAAAAGCUAAAAUAUGAUGGAUUAGUUACUAAAGAAGAAUUUUUCAUUGUAAAUCACAAAUGUGUGAGAUUAAACAGGCAUACCAGUGACCCAAUCUAUAUAAAUCUUAAAAUAAUUGAGGCUUUAAAGUAAUCUUAGAUCUUGAGCAAAUAUGUCGAAAAUCCAUAGCAACUUUAUGAGAAUAUUCUAUCUUUUGAUCAUAAAUUGCCAGUAUUUAAUCCUUCAUUUUUAUCUGAGGAAAAGAAAUCUUAUCUAAGCCUCAGGAGUAUAAAGAGCAAACUAGACCUUUCAAAAUUUAGUCAACUUAUAAAACAAAUUGAAUAGAUCGAGGACUUAACCGAUGUUAAGCUACCAUCAGGCCUUAUUUAAGUUCUCUUGAUAAUAGAUGUUAAGCCUAAUUAAGAUCAAUAAAUUUUAUUGAAGUCAUUAGCUAAAGUUCACAAGGAUCAUGUAUAAUUUGAUCUGAGGGUGAUCAUUGUUGAUAGCGAAAAUAAUGAUCAGAAAAUUAUUAGAGAGUUAUAUCAUUGCAUCUAAAAUGCCUUUGAAAGCACACUAAACUAUGAUUUUCUAGAUAAUAUCUUUUCUGAUGAUGCUCUUUAAGUUUGUUAAAAGAAUUACAGCUAGUUUAUGAAAGAAGAUCAAAUGUAAAAUAUCGAUUAAAUGACUCUAUUAAAUGCCAGAGAUCUUUGUAGUGACAACAGCAUCUGCGAAGUUCCUUUUAUGAUGAUUAAUUAGAAUGUGAUAAACUAGUUCCAACUAUUAAAGACUUUGAAUUAGAAUUUUGAUAAGCCCGAACAUGUCAUAGAUUUAAUCAAGAGCACAAUGUUUGACUAACUUAAAAGGCUAAAAAUACCUGGAAGCCUUCUGAAUACUUAAACUGAAAAUCUAUUUGAUGUUUAUUUAUCAGGACUCAAAGACCACAAGUAUCAAACUGAUUAUUACUAGAAUGAGAUUAGAAAUCAGUAUAUGCACCAUGAUACUAAAAAACUAGCUAAAUUAAAGUUUCAUGAAUCUCCUAAGAAUGUAACUUUACAAUCUAAAGUUCUAAUCCUUGCUUAUUCUUCUGACUAGAAAAUUUUAGACAAUCUUUAAGCCUGGAUUGAUUAAUCGGAGAAUUUAAAGGACCAAGUUAUUUUUUAAAUAGUUGAUAACUUCAAUAAUCAUCUACUUUCGGGGUAAUUAGAAUUAGGAUAGAGCACUUUCAUCUUUAUAAAUGGUAUAAUGAUUGAUUCCUUCAGAUUGAGUUAGAAAAGAUUUGAACAACUUUUAUCAAGUGAAUUCAGACAAGUUGAUCUAUUGCUAGGUGGAUUAAAAUUGAAAAAUGGCUUCGAAAAAAUUAUGCUAAUAAAUGAAAUAAAAUUGACUGAAUAUUCAAAGAGAAAUGCUUCUUUGCCAGAUGAAUUUAACUGCAUUAAAGAGUAUGAAAAGGCAGCUAAUCUGACAAUUGCACUAAAUAAGUUCAAAACAGUGGAGAAUCCAAUAUUGAACUUUAAAACUAAGCUAAAUGUGUUAACCAGAGAUUCAGUAAACUUUGUUUCACUCAUCAAUCAAAUCAAACUUGGAAUUAGUAUUGAAUUAUCAAUCUUCACUUAAAGAAGUCUAGGAAUAGAAAUGAAAUUUAUUCCAUACUAUUAUUUUAGGCUUUUCUUUGAUGAUCAUCUUAGGAAUCCAAAUGGAACUUAUAAAAUAUAGAAUUUAAGUGAUAGAUACCAAAAUUACUUAAUUGAUUUACCUUAGCAAAAAAGACAAGUAUUUGUGAUAAAUGAAUUAUCGCAUUUCUACGAACUGGAUGAAUAAAGAUAAGGAAAUUAAAAUAGCUUAAAUAUCUCAGUAUUUGGUCAAAAGGGUUAUAGCUUAGUUUUUAAUACAGAAGCUGCAAAAUAACUCGAUAAGUAAUUUAGAGAAUAAACAAUUGAAUAUCCAUAAGUAUAAUUCUAUCAAAAAAGAGUAAAUCAAUUGGUCAGGCUAUCACAGAUUAAUCAUAAUUCUUUCAAUCCUUUUAAUGAGAAGGGAAUGAACAAGAAAGAGAAAUUUAUGCUAUUUAAUGGAGCAGGUUAGCCAAUCUAGAGUUAUUACUCAUUAUUGCAUUAAUAUCUCUAGCUCACUCUGCAAUCACCUGGAAGAUACUUCUUAAUGAGAGAGAAUACUCAAUAGAUCAUUCUCAUUGAUUUCUAUUCAGUAAUCUAAAGAGAUGGAUUGCUUGAUUAAGUGGAAUUUAAUUCAGAUUUUGAUGCUUAAACUUUCAGAUUUUCAGAGCUAGAUGAAUUUAAGACUAAUUAUAACUUCAAUAACUAUCGUAGCAUCCAUAAAAAAGAUACAGUUAACAUUUAUUACACUGUAUCUGGGAGCCUCUAUGAGAAAUUUGCCUUAUAUCAGAUGUAGUAAAUGCUAGAAUAGAAUACCCAGGAAUAAUACAGAUUUUUAAUUUAUGAGGGAACAUUUUGUAGUCCAAGCUUCAAAAAGUCAAUUUUUAAGCUGAAAGGAAAGUAUAGUUUUGAUCUUGAUUUUAUCAAUUAUCCAUGGCCUCAUGAUAUUGCUUUCCAUGAUCCUGAUCCUAAAAGGACAAUCAAUCUGUAUAGAAUAAUGUUUUUAGACAAUGGUCUUCCUCAUGAUGUAGAUAGAGUUAUAUAUCGUGAUGCUGAUCAAUGCAAUCUGGAAAAUUCUAAUAUGAGAUAUUUACAGAAUUCUGAAAUUAAAAAUUUCCCUCAAGCAAUGGUACCACAUUGCAAGCAUUUUGAUAAUAAAGGAUACGAUGUGAAUCAAGUGAUGAAAUACUUGGGAAAAAAUCUGACUUAUUUUACUAAUAACAUAAUUUUGAUUGACACAAAAAGAUAUAGAGAAUCUGACUACCCAGAUAUAAUCUUAGAUUUUUACUAGGCUGCAGUUGGUAAAUGGGGCUUUGAUCCAUUUUUAUUAACUUAAGAUUUGUAAAGCCCUGCAUAGAUUUAUGUCCCUAUUUAUCCAUUGGAUGAGGAUUGGGAAUGGGCAGAAGAUUUCUGUGAUCCUGAAAAGAAAAAAACAGCUAAAAUUAUAGAUUUCUAAGAUAUGAAAAAAGAGGAUAAACUUAAAAUUGCCAAAAGAGUUUGCCCUAAUUUCGCUGAAAGAUUUAGUUAGCUUCUUGAUUUUUUAAGCUAAUGA